GAUAGAUAUAGCUUUGAUUGGAAUUGAAUUAUUUGGGUGUGAAAGAGUGCGCUACUUUUGGGGAGCAAAUAUGGAUGGGUCCUUAUUCUUCUCCACCAAACUAAAUAUCAAAGGGAUCCAAGAAAAAGUUGUAUUUCUCUUUUCCCACUUCUUCCUCUCCAUCCAUUAACAUCUUCAGACAGCUAAACCAAGUGUGAUGAUCCAUAUGAGAAGCAAAAUAAGAAAGUGAAAAAAAAAAAAAAAGGUAAUUGUGAGCGUACAAUCUUUGAUCUUGAAGAAAGAUGGAUGUGCUUGGAAAUCUGUACUAGGGCAUGAGAAUCUUCCAGGGGCUUUGUUUUCACUCCCCCAUCACGGCUCCGCCAUUGCUGAUCGGAGAGCUGAAUGAUGGACAGGAUCAGAUUGGAUUUAAGAUUUCAUCAUUCUGGAUCAACACAAUCAGAGGAGUCUGCUUUGGACUUGGAGAGGCCUUACUGUGGUCAUCCUAAUUUUCCCUCAUCUAGUCCAUCUCCACUCCAGCCUUUUGCAUCUGGUGGUCAGCACUCUGAGAGCAAUGCCGCCUACUUUUCCUGGCCUACAUCAAGUCGGUUGAAUGAUGCAGCAGAAGAUAGAGCAAACUAUUUUGGAAAUCUGCAGAAGGGUGUCCUCCCUGAAACUUUAGGGCGGUUGCCAUCAGGGCAACAAGCUACCACCUUGCUUGAGCUAAUGACAAUUAGGGCCUUCCAUAGUAAGAUUUUGCGUCGGUUCAGUCUUGGCACAGCAAUUGGUUUUCGGAUUAGAAGGGGUGUGUUAACAGACAUUCCAGCUAUUCUUGUCUUUGUCGCUCGUAAAGUUCACAGGCAAUGGCUAAACCAUGUGCAGUGCCUACCUGCUGCUCUUGAGGGGCCAGGAGGUGUAUGGUGUGAUGUGGAUGUUGUGGAAUUCUCCUAUUAUGGUGCACCUGCUGCAACUCCUAAAGAGCAAUUAUAUAAUGAACUUGUGGAUGGCUUGAGGGGAAGUGAUCCAUGCAUUGGUUCUGGUUCCCAGGUUGCAAGCCAAGAGACUUAUGGAACCUUGGGUGCUAUUGUGAAAAGCAGAACAGGAAAUCGGCAGGUUGGUUUUCUUACGAAUCGGCAUGUGGCAGUUGAUUUGGACUAUCCAAACCAGAAAAUGUUUCAUCCUUUGCCACCAAGCCUUGGACCUAGUAUUUAUCUGGGUGCUGUGGAGAGGGCAACGUCUUUUAUCACGGAUGACCUUUGGUAUGGCAUUUUUGCCGGAACAAACCCAGAAACAUUUGUGCGGGCUGAUGGCGCCUUCAUUCCUUUUGCGGAAGAUUUUGACAUAACAAAUGUAGCUACAACUGUAAAAGCAGUAGGAGAGAUAGGUGAUGUCAACAUCAUCGACUUGCAGUCACCUAUCAACACACUCAUAGGAAGGCAAGUGGUCAAAGUGGGCCGAAGUUCAGGCUUGACUACCGGAAACAUUAUGGCAUAUGCCCUAGAGUACAAUGAUGAGAAAGGAAUCUGUUUCUUUACUGAUUUUCUUGUUGUUGGUGAGAACCAGCAGACAUUUGAUUUGGAAGGUGACAGUGGGAGCCUCAUUCUUUUAACUAGUCAGAAUGGAGAGAAGCCACGGCCAGUUGGGAUCAUUUGGGGAGGGACAGCUAACAGGGGUCGCUUGAAACUAAAAGUGGGUCAACCACCUGAGAAUUGGACCAGUGGUGUUGAUCUUGGACGCCUUCUUGAUCUCCUUGAACUUGACCUUGUCACAACCAAUGAAGGGCUUCAAGCUGCGCUACAAGAGCAAAGAAAUGCUUCAGUUGCAGGAAUUGAUUCUACAGUUGGGGAGUCGUCGCCCAUGGACCGGAUGCCAUUUAAAGAUAAACUUGAUGAGAACUCUGAACCACUUGCAUUGAAUAUUCGACCAGUUCCAGUUGAAGGUGAGUCCUGUCAAGGACUGAUCCCAACGUUCAUACACAAUGAGUUUCACAUAGAAAAUGGAAUUGAAACAGGUCCGAAUGUAGAACACCAGUUUAUUCCGAGUUUUACUGACAGAUCCACAGCGAAUAAAAGCAGCCAAGAGGAUAACGCUGGAUCGAAAAACCUCUCGGCGUUGAGGAAUGGUUGUGAUGAAGAUAUUUGUGUUUCAUUACAGUUAGGUGAGCCUGAAGCAAAGCGAAGAAAGAGCUUAAAUUCAUCCGGAAGUGAAGAGCCAAAGUAGGAAGAAGUAAAUUAAUUCACUUUUCUUGGGGUUAACAGUCUUACAAAGACAUAGUUGCUUUCUUGAUGCUGGCUUCAAAGCCAUGACUCGUGCUUCUGAAUUGAAAUUAUCUCAAGACAUGAGACUGCACUGACGACAUUAGGUUUGUCCCUCCAGCAUUGGUUACUACUGUUUUCUUCUUGUUCAUUUUGGUUUAAAAUUAUAGGGUUACAUAUGUGGGGUCAUACAAUAUUUUAUAGAGAGAUAAGUUUAGGUGGUACCAUGUCGUGAGUUUUCUUUGAUGUGUAUCCCCUAUUCCCUUUACUGGAAGUCUUGUACCAUAAGCACUCCUCAAGUAGGAGUAUGAAUAGGUAAGGAAAAUCAAAAAAUGUAAAAUGUUAUUUUUGGCAAGCCACAACAGCUUGUUCAGAUCUCAAUGAUAAGAUGCCUUUCUUUGUGGCA